GGCGGACUAGCUCCGCCCGUCAGCCGUGCGUCUCCUCAGCCCUCAUUCAAAACAGAACACAGCUGUUGCGAGGCGCAUCGUCGUGUCCUGAGCGUUAGCCUCCAAACUGUUAGCUGUCUGCUGCUUUCUGAUGAACCCGCUGGAAUAUCGAAGGAAGGAAGAAGAUAACGGCUUCACUUCGGUGAGUUAAAGACCAGUACAGCAGGAGCCAGCCUCAGAGAAAGACAGGACUUGAUAGACAAAGACAGCCACACAGAAACAACAGGCUAACCUCACGUCCAACACUAUGCGCAUCUGACACACAACUGAGGGCCGGGCGGGCUUUGCUGCAGCUGAGGAUGAUGAAUGGUCUCGUGCGCUAGAGCUAGAUGGUGUGGGAAUGAUGGACCUCCCUAAUGGCCAAUCAAGCAUCACCACCAACGCUGCAACAGUCUCUGAGAAGAGCAGCAGCUCAGAGUCUCUCAGCGAUAAGGGUUCUUCGGACCUGAAGAAGAGUUUUGACGCUGUUGUUUUCGAUGUGCUGAAGGUCACUCCCGAAGAAUAUGCAGGCCAGAUUACGCUCAUGGAUGCUCCUGUGUUCAAAGCCAUCCAGCCAGAGGAGCUGUCAAGCUGCGGCUGGAACAAGAAGGAGAAGCACAGCUCUGCUCCAAAUGUUGUGGCCUUCACUCGCAGGUUCAACCAGACGAGUUUCUGGGUGGUACGAGAGAUCCUCCAUGCACAGACGUUGAAGAUCAGAGCUGAAGUGCUGAGUCUGUACAUUCGCACUGCCAAGAAACUGUGCGACAUGAACAACCUCCAUGCGGUCAUGGCUGUGGUGUCAGCGUUACAAAGUGCCCCCAUCUUCAGGCUUACCAAAACAUGGGCGUUACUGAGUCGAAAGGACAAGGCAACGUUUGAUCGGCUCGACUACCUGAUGUCCAAAGAGGACAACUAUAAACGUCUGAGAGACUUCAUCAGCAGCCAGAGCAUGGUCUCUUGUAUACCAUACCUAGGGAUGUACCUGUCUGACCUGACAUAUAUAGACUCUGCCUACCCCUCCACGGGCAGCAUACUGGAGAACGAACAGAGAUCAAACCUGAUGAACAACAUUCUCAGAAUCAUAUCGGACCUGCAGAGAUCAUGUACCUACGACGUCCCAGUGUUGCCUCAUGUGCAGAAGUAUCUCAACUCAGUCAGAUACAUUGAGGAGCUGCAGAAGUUUGUGGAGGAUGACAAUUACAAGUUGUCACAGAAGAUUGAGCCAGGCACCAGCACACCGCGAGCAAACGCCUCCAAAGAGGAUCUUGUCGGCCAGGAAGCGUCAGCAUCUCCUCUCUGCGGCCGUAAAUGUACGGUAGCAGCUGAAGGAACCAAAAUCCCGGCCACGCCGCCCUCCCCCAGGAACCUGCUGCCCUACGGCCACAGGAAGUGCCACAGCCUGGGCUACAAUAGUUUUAUCCAUAAGAUGAACACAGUAGAGUUUAAAAGUGCUACGUUCCCCAACGCUGGUUCUCGCCACCUGUUGGACGACAGUGUGAUGGAGAGCCACAGUCCCACCAGGGGACAAGCUGAGAGCUCAACUCUGUCCAGCGGUAUUUCACUUGGGAGCAGCGAGGGCUCUGAGCUCAGUGAAGAGGUGUCUUGGCCUGCUUUUGAGAGGACUCGGUUCUAUCACUCUCUGGGCCCAGUGACCCGCGUGGCCCGCAUCCCCUACAGAGGAGUCCUGAGGCCCAGCAGCUCAGCGGAGUCAGAGGAGCUCGCAGUUCACUUGUAUCCUGGAGCAGUCACAGUGCAGGGGGUGCUGAGACGGAAGACCGUGCUCAAGGAGGGCAAGAAACCAACAGUGGCGUCAUGGACCAAAUACUGGGUCGCUCUCUGUGGAACCCAGCUUUACUACUACCCUGCCAAGUCCCUGAAGGCCACUGAGAGAAAACAUUUCAAGUCGACGUCCAGUAAGAGUGUGUGCGUGGUGGGUCUAAUGGCCAUGAUGGCUGACGACCCCGAGCAUCCUGACGUCUUCUUACUGACGGACUCCGAGCACGGUAACACCUACAAGUACCAAGCAGGGAACAAAACGAACGCUUCGCUCUGGUUCAAACAUCUGAGUGCUGCCUGUCAGAGCAAUAGGCAACAGGUGCCAGCCAAUCUGAUGUCAUUCGAGUGACCGAUGCUGAGGAGUGUGACUGAGCAAAAGGAGAGAGAGAGAUGAGGAAACAGAUGAGGAGGAUGAGGAGGAGUAUUGACUCAGUCGUGGGAGCUUUCACUGCCAUGAGCCCUGACCGCCGAUUCUCCGAUUCUAGCCCUGGCCUCACUGCAGCCUCACCUGCCACCACUGCCUUAACCAGAGUACCCUGUGUGUGUAUGCGUGUAGAUGUGAGAGAAUGUGAGUCUGUGUGUGUGUGUGUGUGUGUGUGUGUGUGUGUGUGUGUGUGUGGAUGGAAGUGACUGUUUUGGGUGUACCGACUACUGAACAAGGACCUGCACCACUGCUCUCGUCUCCCAUUUGCCCUCAGUGUCUUUUGUUUUUAGUCUUCAGCACUUCAGUGGAGCCAUUCGACUUCUCCUCUCCUCUCUCACAGACAGACUGUCCUCGGAUGGACAGAAAUAAUCCUCUCCUCUGUUAUGCUUUCCUUUUUAAGGGGUUAACUAUUUUUAAUUGUGUUCCCCUGCCAUGCUCGAAUGCAAGAUUUCCGCCUUUGGAAUGGGCUGGACACACAAUCACAGCACGCACACUCACGUCGGACUAACCCGCUGGACUUUGGAGGGUUUGAAAACACUUUUUUUUUUAACUUACUCAGUUCACACUUUCAAUUGUUCUCUUUAUUCACUUGUGUUGGCUUGGAGUCACAUGCUUAUUUACAUGAGCCAUGCACUCACACUCUCUCACACACACACACACACACGCACACACAGGCCUAUCUGAUUGCAUCGUCGUAAAACGUAAGGGCUCUGAUUCGCAAUCGAUUCCAGCAGAAACAAUUCCCACACUUCCUGAAUGUGUCUAGUUUUUAUUACAGAACUUUCCCCCUUCUUUCUCAUAUACUCGCUAAGUGUUCUGUACGUAUGUGUGUGUUUGUAUAACUGCACUGGGUGGGAGGGCAAAAUACUUGCUUAUCUUACAGGAAUCUCAUCUGUGUUUUCCACAUUGGUACGAUCGUCCCAGAAUCUAAGCUAAGACGUGUUCACGGUUGGAGAGUUAAUCCUUUUACAAACCUUCAUUUUUGUUUUCUCCAGUGUUGUCUGCUCUCUGUCGGCUGCCGCUCGGUUCACCAGACUCACACACACACUAAACACUAAAGACUUGAAGCUGUGAAAGAGUCCAGGAGACAGAGAGAGCAUCGAGGACAUCUAAUACAUGAUUUUAUCUCCUCUUCUUCAUGUUGCUUAAUAUGGUCAGAGCCUCUGGUCUGGAGCAGACAUUCAAAGCUACCUGGAGCCAUACAGAGUCUACUUUAAAUCUUGUUUGUUUAUAUUGUUUUUGUGUUAGUUUUUUUUUCCUUUUUUGGGAGGGAUGGUGCAGUUCACAGUAUUACCAUGUAGUAGAUGUUUGCACGUCAACGUAGUUUUGUCUGUUACAUUUGAAUGUUACAUUUUUGUGUUUUUCUCACCUUUCGGAGCAGUUAUUUUGAACAUUUUAUGUACAUGUGAAUUUUCUUUUUCUUUUUUUGCCCCUUACUCUGUUAACUAGGACCCAGUUCAGUGUAAUGCCCUAACUGUGUUACAUCUGAUUUGGAAUAGCAUAAGCACCUUGGUUGUCAUUAGUGCCAAGUGAUGUAACGUCACUGUUGCUCUGCGUGAGGACGAGCAGAGCUGCAGUGGCAUCAGAUGUAGUGUAGGUGCUGGCAUGUUUCAGUGUGGAAAACCUGGGAUUUACAGUUUCCUCUGUGCUUCACACACGUCUCACGGUGCCAGAAAUAGACUAUUGCUGUUGGUUAUCGUCGGGAGCAAAUCGCAUCCACAUGAAAAAACAUGAUCAGGAUGACGGAGAGGACAAUGAUGGGGAGCUUUUUGCCCAGUAAUAUUCAUCAAAUUCUAAUCUCUUUUUUUUUAAAAAAACAGAUGUUUACAUUGUAUGUUUACACAAUCUUUUGCCCCAAAUCACAAUCCCAUCAGUGCUCCAUGUGAGUUGUAUAAACCUUGGUAUUACAGGAUGUAGAAACAAAGUGUCCCAUCUGUCAGUGGGGUAUAUUAAAGGGUAAUGUCUGUAUUAUUUUUAAAGCUGGCCCCUAUUUUCCCAUGAGUCUGUGUCUCAGUAAGUAAAGGGAACAACUGUUUUUAAUACUGGCUCACUAUUGAGCAAGCAAAACAGGCUGCAGUGUUAUCACUUGGGUCAGUUUCCAUUCACGUAAAGUGUUUGUUUUUGCCACUGACAGGCUCAGAUUGUUUUAAGUGUCUGACCACAUUGUGGAAAGGAUCCCGACAGAGAUAGACAUUUAUGUUGCAGAGUAAGAUCCUCUUUGAUUCACCAGAAACAGCCAAACCUACCAGACUCCAUUUAAAUAAACAGUGAUUUAAGCAUGUAUAGAGGCAGCAUAUUUCACGUCUGACUGGGUGAAUAAAGGGUUAAUUCAAACCAAUCUAGAGAUGGUGAUUGCUGGAGCAGUGGAAAGAUGAACCAAGGUGGGUUUUGUAAGUUUUAUUAUGCUUCUAUUGACUUUAAAUGAAGUGUCUUUCAGCCCUAAGAACCAGAGUGUAAGUGACAUUUGACCGACAGGACAGGCCAAAACAAAAAAUCACCACACUCUGUCCUGACUAUUUAUAGUAAUUUAAAUGUUAAAUAUUAAAACCUUGUAAACAUGUGGAGGACAAUAUACUUAAUGACCAAUAUUUAUUGAUUUAUUUUUUUUAAAAUAAGUUAGUGCCAUUACACCCUUUUGGCCCUAAAUAGCUCAGUGUGCUCAGUGUUAAGUCUUUUAGUUUUUGAUUAAUAAUUCUGGGUUGGUUUGGAAUUCAUUAGCACCAUUUUAGCAGCAGAAAGAGAUCAUUCAGAGCUUCCAUUUGAUACAUAUAUAUAUAUAUAUAUGUGUGUGUGUGAACUGUGGAACUAAUUUUACAAUUGUAAAAUUAACGCUAAUUUAACGUCUGUUGAGUUUGGCGUCAGUUUCUGUUUAAAGAAAAAGGAUCUUGCUCUUGAACAAACAGGUCUGUCUCUGUAGCAGUCUUUUCCAAAAUGUUGUCAGACACAACCUGCAGGUUCACACCAUGGAGUCUGGUGGGAUUGGUGAUAGUGAUUUUAGGGCUGUUUUUGGUGAAACAAAAAGGAUCCUACUCUGAAAUAAAGAGGUCUAUCUCUGUAGGGGCCCUUUCCAUAAUGUUGUCAGACACUUAGAAUAGCAGUUUGAGCCUGUCAGUGGCAAAAACAAACACAUUAGAAGACAUAAAUUGACGACGCAAACACACCCUGAGUGUUUACAUUACAGCCUGUUUUACCAGCUGCAGCCCUCUCACUCAAUACUGGCCCAGUUUCAAAAACUGAUGCUCCCAUCAGUCACUUAGGCAGAAAAACAUGGGAAAAUAGGGCCCAGGUUGAAAAUACUCAUGUCACCCUUUAAGCUCAGAGUUAGUUGCAGGUUGUUGAAAGGGUGUGAUGGGAUCGGGAGGUGAACCUAUCCACUGGAUCCCCUCUAAUGUGCUUCACUCAGUCUUCUCCAGGCCAAUAUCCAGUCGAUAGAAGCACACUGAUGUAUUAAAACUCACCUCAACACAAGUCAACAAUUCAAACUUUUAGGUCAGACAAACAACAACAGACAGUUUAGUGCCCGUGAAGAGAUACUCAGUCCUUAGUGUAAUGACUAUAGAGGAGAUGGGAGUGGAUGAACCUGUGGAAGAGUGAAUGAGGAAGCCAAAGACAGGCAUAUGUAAAAUGUGUAUGCAUCUGUGUGCCUGUGCAUACUUCUCUAUUUUUCUAAAAUGUUGUAAUUCAAGGCAGAAAGGCAAUCCCUCGAGGCUGCCGUCACUGCUGGGGAGUGAGUGUGACCGCUUAAUCUUAUCGUCUGUGUGACUGACUGCCAGCUCGUGCCACAACUCCACGCAGGACGACUCAUGAGCAGAUAAGAAGUGUAAACUGGUCUGUGUCCACUGUGGCCUGUGAAAGAGGUUUCUUUUUUUUUUUCUUUUUUUUUUGCUGCAUAAUGGAGCAGAGACUGUUUUGAUUUUUGAUGUGACAAAAUCCCAGAGCUGGAGCACUAUGGAGGCUGAUUGUUGCUGAUGUUUGAAUCUGAUUGGCUGAAAUGGGAGAGGCACAAUCUAGAGUUCAGGGCGUUUAGAGACUGUUUACCUGAUGGUGGAGCUCAACCUGCUGUCUGCUGCGAGAUACUGACAAAUUGGUGCAGUUAAAUAAGAACGGACGCUGUCUCAAAUAACUCUGAGAAAAAGACUGUGAACAGAAGGAGCUGGGAUGUAAACAAACCCAGUGUAGACAGCCAACAUCCUCUUCACAUUUCCCCUCUGAUUUGCUAUAUUAAUUGAGAUGUAACCGAUAUGGAUUCUUGAGUUACAUGUUUUAUACCUAUUCAGACCUUUGGGGCCGUCUGGGAAGGUUUAUUUGAAUCAAUUUGGGUUUAACAAUCUGUCCCCAGAUCAUGUUGAGCGCUUUUCGUGAGGUUUUCCUCACCGUAACCUGAGUUUACACAGUUUUCUUUCCUUUUUUUUAUAUUAUCAUUUCUGUAACGGCGUAUGGUCAAAAUAAGGGAAACACUCUGGUUUUGGGAUGUUUUGUGGUUUUAGCUGACUCAUUGCUUUGAUUUCAGGGCCAAUCACUGCUCACAUAAUUACCCCACGAUUGUCUACUUUGGGAUAAGAGUGGAAAAUUCAAAGCGCUCCUCGUUUAGAAUAAUUUUUGGGUUAUUACGAGAAACUUGAUGCUUGAAAUUUCCCCCUCUCUGUGGCGAGAGUUCGUGUUGUUUCCUUUAAAUUGACCAUACUGUCUACAAAUGCACAAUUUCCCCUGUAUUAACUGUUGUGAGUGAAUCUGCCUUCUGAAUUCAUUCUUUUUUAACAGUGAUGAAACAUGUUUAACAGUUGAGAUGAAGGUGUGGACCAGAGGAGGUGUUUUCAGCGCAGUUAUACAGUGUGUCCUCUGAUUUGGUGGAAGAGUGGAAUCAAUGUGAAUCUGGACAGGCAUCAUUCACUGUUUACCAACCACCUUUGUUUAAUUCACUGAAGGGUGACGAGGGUGAUGUGUAAAUGACCUUUGACCUUCGCCCUGUACCUGGCUCUGCGUGUGUCUGUCUCUGUCUGCCUGUGACAUGAGUGUGGCGAGCGCUGUGACCUCACUGCUGAGUGAUGCGCUGCCUGGUGUGAAGACUGAGAACCAAUAAACACUCUGCCCUUUUUUACUCCACA